UUUUUUUUUUAGUUGUAGAAUCUUGACUCGGAUACCACUCUCGGGAUCUGGAUUUUCAAACAGAGAAGACAUACGUAUAUCAGGAGGAAAUUCUUGAAAUCUCUUUGUCUCUGACUCCUCACCGCUCUCCAGGUCUUUCAGAGUCCCAGCAUCUGCUGCCACCAUCAAGCUGAAGGAGGACACAUCAUCAGGUUUACCACACACAUAGACCACAAGGAAAUAUGAGUCUGUCACGGACCGGGACACUGGAGAAGACGGAGCAGGCCCUCUCUGACCCAGGCUCCCCCUCCAGAGUGGGGUCAGGGGUCGUGGUGCCGCCUCCAUACUCUCUGGGCGGGAGCGAAGCCGCUGAACCCCCCCUGGAGUUAAGAGACUCUCUGGACUGCUGGGCAUGCUCUGUGCUGGUCACUGCACAGAAUCUGAUCAUAGCACUGAUCAAUGGCGGGCUGGCCAGCAUCAUAUUUGGCACCAUCCUCACCCCUGCUCUUGUCAUGAUCAUAUUCGGCUUCCUCUGCCACUCCGCGGUGCAGCCCCAUGGAACAUCUCUGUAUUGCUCAGACGUGCUGGAUGACGGCGGCUGCGUGGCUCUUCUGGUUGUGGGCUUUCUGUUGCUCACCCCUCUGCUGGUCCUCGCACUCGCCGCCUACUGUCGCCUGGCCCGACACCUCCAGCUGGGAAUGUGUUUCAUUCCCUACAGCCGCGCCGUCUACAAGAACCUGCCCCCCUCACGCCACCGGAGGGCUGAUGCUGGAGGCUGCUGUGGCCAACAGGGGGCUUCAGAGAGGGAGGGGAAGGGUAGCGUGUGGGUGUAAGAGAGGAGAAGAGAGGAUUGUAUAUGGUUGUAAUAUGUAUCCCUGUUUAAUGAUGAGAGUUUGAGUCUGGCUCUUUCUUUAUUUUUUGAAGCCAAUUGCCACUGUCUUUCUAUUUCUAAAGCCAUUGUAAAAUAGCCAUCAUAUUUCAUCAUAUUUCAUCAUUUAUAGUCAAUAUUGCUUUUUCUAUGCAUUUCCAAUGCAUUGAAUGUAUUUUAUACCUUUUUACAAUAAAGCGUAAAUCGAC